AUGGACGCUCGAGCAGCCCUGAACGCCGCCAGAGAGCAGGGGCUCGGCACCGUCGCCGCCAGCCUCGGCUUUUUCACCCCCUCGGCCCAAAGUUUUCACCCCCGCCCCUACAACCCCUCGGCGUCGGCGUCGUCAUUGCCCAUGGCAAAGGCCCCCGCCGCCCGCAACAACCCGCUCCAGCACCCGAUGCCCCCCAUGGACCCCACGGUGCAGGACCCCGGCGUCGUCUUUAUUCACCCGCCGUUCCACGAUUUCCCUGACGCUCACCGGCACCCCGGCGGGCUGACCUAUGCGCUCAUGGCGGCCAACCCUGAGUGGUUCCUCGACGCCGACGACUUUAUUUCGUCAGUCUCCAGCAAUCCGAAUGCGAUAACGUACCCCUCGCAGCUGGAGCCGCCGAGGGGAUGGUGCCCUGCGAAGAAGAAGGACCUGAAGGAGCGGGGGAUGGAGACGUGGCCGGAGGGGGAGGAGCCGCGGCUUCGGUGCACGUUCUGCCGGCGGACGUACGCGGGGGUGAACGCGAAGAGUAUGUGGCGGCGCCAUGUGUUUGAGAAGCACAAGAUUGCGAUGGCAAACAGACGGGACACCGUCGAUCGCUCCCGCUCAAAGCAGUCAUCACAACCACCCCCGCAAGCGCCCGGCCAGGCGGCGACGAAGAGCGCGCAGGGCAAGGAGAACGUCACCGCUCGCUCGGCCCGUAAGGAUUCGGCAACCCCUGCGCCGGCCUCGGCACAGCAACCACCAAAGUCGGCCAGGCUGCGCCAGUCCCGCGCUCAGUCCAGAGUCACCGCCCCGCCCCAGAGCCGGGAGGGCACGUUUGAUUCUUCCCAGGACGAGUCGGACGACGACGAGCAUGACGAACCUGCGACGCCUGGAGCGCCCGUCCUCGUUCAGAACGAGUUCCCGGCGUCUAGCCAACUCGCUCACUCCUUCUCGGUCUCGACCACCUCGGCCAGGAGCGCCUCCCCGUCCUUCACUUCGGACGCUGCCGCCGAGCUUCUCUCCAACGGCUUCCAGUUUGAGCCGUCGUCGGCCCCUGCGAGCGACGACGACGACGACUUUGAAGACGAGCGGGCACUCCUCCGCCAGCUGAUGCCCUCAUCGCCCUACGACCCCCACGCAACUCCGUCCUUCCGGCACUCACCUCCGCGCGCCGCACAACCCUUCCGCUUUGCCUCCCCCUCUCAUCCGCUGCACUCCAAGGCAGAUGUCUCGCUUGGUCAGAUCGCCCUCGGAACCGCCAGUCCGGCUCAGGACGGCGCUUCCGGAGCCGCCAUCACUUACAGCCCCGUCAACAUCCACGGGCCCCGGUCGAACAACAUCUUCAGCACCCCCGGGCGCCCGUUGUUCAGCGACAGCGGAGUCGGCCUCGGGCUCAGCACGGGCAAGAAUCUCUACCACAGUAUUCUCAAUUCGCAGGCCGCGAAGCAGGGCCCGGGAAGGGACUACCUCUUUGAGUCACCCGGUUUCCGCUUCACACCUCGCAAGACGAUCGAUCCGCUCAGCGUCGACCCCUCGCUCGACCCUUUCCUGCGCGACACGCCAGGUGUCCCCCGCAGCUCAAGCCCGCCGACGGGCAGCAGCGAGACGGAGAGUCCUGUCAUGCGCUCCGGUCGGCUUUUCGAUCCCGUCUCAUCUUCCGGAGGGGGCCGUAGGUCGAGCGGGCUCAGUCUAGGCGCAGCCUUCGAUCUCAAGGCGCUUAACCUCAAGCGAAGCGCUCCGUCUGACGACGACGACGCGCCGGCCAAAGAUGAGGACGAAGACGACGACGGCGAGGGUUCGCCAGGCGAAUACGGUUUCUCCGGCCGGUUGCAUCUCGCCUCGCCCGUCUCGCGCGUGCGUCUCACGCAGUCCAAGGGAUACGCCGAGCUCGCUCUCCGUGGUUCGCCGACGACGAGCGUUUCCCGCGAAGGCUCGUCCGCGAGCGAGGGCCUCGGCCAGCCUCUUCGUAAACGCCGGCGCACGCUCGUCGAUUAG